GGCCUUUCUUAUCCCGGACCAGAGGACCCCAGGUUCCAUUCCCCAGAGGCGGUCAGCAUGAUGUGGCUGUGGUGGGCGCUGGCGGCGGGGGUCGCGCUGCUCGUGACCAAGGUCCGGAGGCUCGUGGGCGGCGGCGGCGGCCGGAACCCCUUCUCCGAGGACGUGAGGAGGCCGCGGCAGCCGCUGGUGACCGACCGGGAGGCCCGCAAGAGGGUCCUCAAGCAAGCUUUCUCGGCUAGCCGUGUGCCGGACCAGCUGGAUGCCGUGGUGAUCGGGAGUGGCAUUGGGGGCCUGGCGGCAGCGGCCAUCCUCGCCAAAGCAGGAAAGAGAGUCCUGGUGCUGGAGCAGCACACCAAGGCAGGUGGCUCCUGCCAUACCUUUGGCCAUAAUGGUCUGGAGUUUGACACAGGAAUCCACUAUGUUGGGCAGUUGAAAGACGGCAGCUUUAACCGCUUCCUCCUGGACCAGAUCACGGAGGGGCAGCUGGACUGGGCUCCCUUGGACUCCCCCUUUGACAUUCUGGUGCUGGAGGGACCCAACGGCAGAAGGGAGUUCCCCAUGUAUGCUGGGGAGAAAGCCUAUGUUCAGGGCCUCAAGGAAAAGUUUCCUCAUGAAGAAGCUGCCAUUGACAAGUACAUGAAGAUGGUGAAGGAGGUAGCAAAAGGAAUCCCUCAUAUGAUCAAGUUGAAGCUCAUCCCUUUGCCCGUGGUGAAGCUGCUGGACAGUUUGGGGGUGCUGGCCUUAUUCUCCCCUUUCUUGAGAGCAGCCACCCAGAGCUUAGCAGAUGUGCUCAACCAGCUGCCUGCCUCCCAGGAACUCAAAACCAUGCUCAGCUACAUCUUUCCCACCUAUGGUGUUCCCCCAGAGAAUGCCAGUUUCUCUAUGCAUGCCAUCCUCAUCAACCACUACCUUCAUGGAGGCUUUUACCCUAGAGGAGGCGCCAGUGAAAUCCCUUUUCACAUUAUCCCGGUGAUUGAGAGGGCUGGGGGUGCAGUCCUUACCAGGGCAACAGUGGAGAGUGUGCUGCUGGAUUCUGCUGGAAGAGCUUGUGGGGUCAGCGUCAAGAAGGGCCAUGACCUGGUGAACAUCCAUUCUCCCAUCGUGAUCUCCAAUGCAGGAAUAUUUAAUACCUACGAGCACUUGCUGCCUGAGAAGGCCCGCUGCUUACCAGGUAUACAGACCCAGCUGGGCAUGGUGCAGCACGGUUCGUCUAUACUUUAUAUCUUCAUCUGCCUCCAGGGCUCCAAGAGUGACCUGGGUCUGGAAGCCAAGAAUCAUUAUGUCUACUUUGACACAGACAUAGACAAGGCGAUGGAGAGAUACUUAUCCCUAUCCAGGGACCAAGCUGUGGAACACAUUCCCUUUUUCUACAUCACAUCGGCAUCAGCCAAAGACCCAGCAUGGGAGGACAGGUUCCCAGACAAAUCAACACUAGUUAUGAUGUUGCCUGCCCGCUACGAGUGGUUUGAGGAAUGGCAGAGUGAGCCCCAGGGCAAGAGAGGGAGUGACUACGAAGCCCUGAAGAACUCCUUCCUAGAUGCUU